AAGAACAGGCAACCUAGCAACUGGCAAUGUAAUCACACAGCAAUAGAUACAGCAUGCGAUAUCAGUUGCCAUGCUCCUGAUACACCUGAAGCCAGUACUGAAAUUUACAGGCAUGUCUGUAGUAUAAAGGGGUUAUGGUCACCCACAUUACCAUCUUGUGUUCAAGGAUUUUUGGGGUGCGAGGAUCCGGGAGAUAUUCCUUUUUCUCGUCGCAUCAUCCCUCUGAAUGGAUUAAAUGUAGGAUCUUCUAUUCAUUAUGAAUGCAAUGAAAGAUUUUCAAUACUGGGAGACGCAAAAAUCGUCUGUCAGGAAAAUGGACAGUGGUCAUCUGUUAAACCCCAGUGCAUUCCGAAGGAAAAUAUUCCAGAUCACUGCUCAAAACCAAACGCUCCUAAAAACUCUAUUGCUCAUGUGAACUUUCCUGAUCAGCAACCUUUACAAGUGUUCCUGAAUGCAAACAUGUCCUUGUCACAGAGGUUGCGCGUGAUAAAUAUAAUUCGAAGACAAGGUGGAGACUUUUCUGACGUACCUGAAGAAAUGUUUUUAGUGGGUACUAGAGUACAGUACAAAUGUAAAUCACGUUUUUACAAACUGUACGGCUCAGAAUACCAGACCUGUUUACCAUCUCGCACAUGGAGUGGAUAUCAACCAGCCUGUAUACCAGACUGUGGCAAAUCAGAUUCUCCAAGGACACCCUUUAUCAUCAACGGUAAUGCAAGCGAAAUUGGACAGUGGCCAUGGCAAGUGGGAAUUGCCUUAAGAAGGCAUGAAGGAUUGGAACUUAUAUGUGGAGGGGCUUUAAUCAGUGAAUUAUGGGUGCUGACGGCAGCCCAUUGCGUAACGAAGAAGUUCUCUAACAUUCCUAUGGAUCUAAAUGAAGUGUUGAUAUUUUGUGGAAAAUAUUACAGAAGCUUUAAACGGGAGGACAAUUACGUGCAAGUUAGGAAGGUCCUACAAAUCGUAGUUCAUGAUGAAUAUGAUUUUAUUCACUAUGAUGGGGAUAUAGCCAUUUUACAACUAGAAGAAGCUGUAAAAUUUACGACUAGAGUUAAGCCCAUAUGUUUACCAAACGAAUUGACUACAAGAGAAAAUGUUAGAGAUGGUAAAAAGGGAAUUGUUACUGGUUGGGGGCUGACUGAAUCAGGGAAGUUCUCUGAAACCCUUAAAGAAGCUGUUCUACCAGUAGUAUCACAUGAUAGAUGUGAGAAAGCUUACAGAGAAGGCCUGCGGACUGUAACCGUAACUGAAAAUAUGUUCUGUGCUGGUUAUGAGGCUGGCACUUCGGAUACAUGCAAUGGAGAUAGUGGAGGACCGUUCAUGUUUUCAUUUGGGUCUGCUAAUGACAACCGUUGGUAUCUGGAAGGACUGGUCAGUUGGGGCAGCGAGUCUGGAUGCGGAAAGGCUUAUCGUUACUCCGGCUUCACAAAAGUUAGCAGAUUUGUAUCCUGGAUAAAUAUGUUAAUUUGAGAAUUCAGCAUUCAGAAGCUACAGUAAAAUGGAAAAAUUUAGCAAAAUAGCAUACUUCGACUUGAAAAAAUGGAAAUAAGACUUUCAAAACCAUUUGAGUCAUCUUAUUCAUAAUGUAUUUCACAAAUUUAGAACUAAUAAUUUCUGUUAUGGUAUCAAAAUAGCCAUUUUUUAAAAGAAUGACAUGUCUCUUUCUGUAGUAUAAGCAUAUUUCAUACACAUCCAUACACAGGGCCGAUGGCAGAGCAGAUGCAGUCAAAAGUCAGAACUUAGAAACAGCAAAUUUUUUAGAAUUUAGGAAACAGCCGAACGACAUAAAUUAGGAGUGCAAUGGAAAGCAAAAUACCUACCGUUGGCCAUGCUGAUAGAUUACGGUUUUCACUUUGUCGUAAAGAAAACUAAAUUAUUCCCCAAGAAAAUUUAAUUUUUUUUUAAAUUUUUCAUUAUGUGCAAAAAUGUUUUGGAAAGUAAGAUCUAGUAUUUGCUUAAAAGUGGCAGAAGUAUUUGGACAAAGCAUAGCUGCAUUGAAACCCAGAAAUGUCUGUCACAUUUCAAGAAUUUUAUUUUUUAUAUAGAUUCUUGUAUUCUGUUUUCAAGAAUCUAUAUUUAGAAUAAGAUUUAAAAAAAUACAGACUUGAAUAUUUUGUGGACGGUGCUUUCUGUAAACCUUGCUAUAAUUUCAUAACAAUUAGGUAUUUUUAUUUGAAACUUCAGGAAAUGUCUGGCAUUUGUAAGGAUAAAUGCAUUUUCUGAAUAAAAACGAA